CUUUACCAUAACACUCACUAAGAUAAGCCCGUACGCUAAAAUUAGAAAAGGAAAGGGCAGUAAAUGUAAUAGAUCAAGUCUACAAUCUAAAUCUAGAUCAAGAACUACAAUAGAUUAUCAUAUAGAUCUAGUGAAAUUUGGAAUUUCUAGAAAUACCACAUUUGUAUAAUAUAGUCUAGCUAAACCAAAUCACAGCUAAGGUUUUGACUGCUCUAACUUUAAAGAGAGGCAUGGCUAACAUAGCCGAACAAAGAAUAAAGAGAGAAUUUAAAGAAGUCGUCAAGAGCGACGAGGUUGCAGCAUGUAAUAUAAAAGUGGAACUUGUGAAUGAUAACUUUACAGAACUAAGUGGUGAAAUAGCUGGCCCACCAGAUACAGCUUAUGAAGGUGGAAAAUUCAAACUAGAAAUUAAAAUACCAGAAACCUAUCCAUUUAACCCACCCCAGGUAAAAUUCAUCACUAAAAUAUGGCAUCCUAAUAUAAGUUCAGUUACAGGAGCAAUCUGCUUAGAUAUUCUUAAAGACCAGUGGGCGGCAGCCAUGACCUUGCGAACAGUUUUACUCUCUUUACAAGCUCUACUUGCUGCUGCUGAGCCGGACGACCCACAGGACGCUGUUGUAGCACAACAGUAUAAAGAAAACAAUGCCAUUUUCCAGCGUACGGCAAGGCAUUGGACAACUGCUUAUGCUGGUGGUCCCAAAUCUGAUAAAGAGUUGGAGGAUAAAGUUGUUAAAAUGAAAAACAUGGGUUUUGAUGAACACAAAGCAAGAGUGGCUCUCUCCACUAAAGACUGGGACAUAACAAGAGCUGCGGAGUAUUUAAUUAGCUAACCUUUAGAUAGAAUAUUUUAUAGAAUGCUUUCAAAGAAACAAAUCUGUGAGACACAUUCAGUAAUAGCCUCCAAAGUCUUUUUUGUUUUUUUAUAAACCUUAUUGGAUGAUGUGCCCUUGUUCUAGAUAAAAUAAAUCACUACGUCUUUCUCAUGUUGGUAUGUAGUGCUGUGUGCCAUUUGUUUUGUUUUUUGUUAGUGUGUGCAGAUGCAAUUGAAAGUUUAACAUCAAGUUCAGUGAUUUAGUAAAAUUGUUUUUCUGUGGAAUGUCAGAGCCAAACAUAAUACAGACUUUUUUUGUCUUCUUCUUGCUGUUAUUAUUCACUGUCAAUGUAAUAAGAUCUUAGAGUGUGUGUGUGUGUCUUACAGUGUGUGUGUGUAUUUUAUUAUUUUUAUUUUUAGUCAUUUCAUUUUUAUUAAAAAUCAUUCACUUAAUGAGUUGAUAAACUAACAAAUGGAGUAAUCAUGGCUAUAAGGGAGGGGCUGUAUAUUACAGAAGUGACUAGGCCUAGUGUGUACAUAACAUAUUGCACUAUAUUUCAUCCAAUUUUAAUAUAUAACUUUAAAAAAAAAACAACACAUUAAAUCUUUAGUGUCUUUGUUGAUCUACAUUCUUCUGUCAUGUUUUAUCCUUGUGAAGGAUGUCAAUAAAUUAAUUUGGUCCAUUUUGCAAUGAAAAA